AUGUCUGAUCAAUAUAUUCCUCGCAACUGCACUGGUAAGCCGAAUGAGCGUCUGCUGAACGUUACGCUGGGUCAUGCAGAAGACUGUACUUGUCGCCUUUGUACUGGCGAGGAUAUGGAAAAGAAUGGCAACGAUACUGCGACCUGA